CGCAGCAUUUUGAUUGGAUCCCGUGCGUUGAUCGCUCGCUUCUGGCUGAAUUUUAUGUUUUUUUUAAUUUGUUUUCGAAUAUUUCGUUUUCGGCCAGUGCCUGUGUUGUGUGAGUGAGUGAAAUUUUAUUGGAGUGUGUUGUGACAUAUUUUCAAAAAUGAAUGGGGUUGCCAAUCCUCCAUUCAACAUGUCUAUCAUAGACUCGUACAAACGAUUUAUGGAGCGAAACAGCGACCCUCGGACAGAAGAAUGGACGCUAAUGUCAGGCCCCGGACCUCUACUGACCAUCUUGGCCACAUACGUGUACUUCUGCACGUCAGUGGGCCCUCGCUAUAUGAGGGACCGCAAACCGUAUGACCUCAAAAACACCAUAGUCGUGUACAAUGUGUCACAAGUGCUGAUGUCUAUAUUCCUGGUUUAUGAGGGUUUAGUAGCCGGAUGGUGGAAUGACUACAACUUCUCUUGCCAACCAGUGGACUAUUCGGAUUCGCCAAAAGCAAAAAGGAUGGCAGCAGCAGUAUGGUGGUACUUCAUGGCAAAGAUCAUCGAACUUUUGGAUACCAUUUUCUUCGUGUUGAGGAAAAAAAAUCGGCAGAUUUCCUUCUUGCACCUGUACCAUCACUUCAUGAUGCCCAUUUGUGCCUGGAUUGGGGUGAAAUUCUUGCCAGGAGGCCACGGGACGCUCUUAGGCGUCAUCAAUUCCUUCAUCCACAUCAUCAUGUACACCUACUACCUGAUUUCGGGGCUGGGCCCGCAGUACCAGAAGUACCUGUGGUGGAAAAAGCAUGUUACUACACUGCAAUUGAUCCAGUUCUGCAUUAUUUUCUACCACAAUUUCUCAGUCAUGUUCAGCGAUUGCAACUACCCGAAGGGUAUCAACUUCUUGCUCUCGUUAAAUGCUGGACUUUUCUUAUACAUGUUCGGAAACUUUUAUUAUCAUAACUACAUUAAAAUAAACAGAAAACCUAUUCAAAACGGAGAUGUCAAAAAAGAAGUUAAAAAUGUAGAUAGCAAUGUUAAUGGGAAUGUUAAAUCAAGUAAAGUAAAUGAAGUAGAUACAAAAACAAAUGUUAACGAAGGAAAAAAAGAUUGUUAGCGAAAAGACUUAUUUAACUAAGGAUACAAAGCCUGAUUCGAGUUUUAAUAUAGGUACGUCAAAAACUUGCUAAAGAUACGAAAUACAUCGGAUAUGGGGCCUUAUUCGACAAGCGACGUUUGACGUAUCGUGUUGAACUUCCGUUGAAUCUGAACAAUCCUGUGUCAAAAUUUGACAUUAGCAAUCCACAGUUAGGUGACAACCAGACCAAACCAUUAUAAACCUUAAAGUAUUAAUAAAACAAAGUUGAUAUUUGUUGAAUUAUUGGUUGUGCCAAAGGAUUAUUAUCCGCACUUGAUGAACAUGCGAUUCAUUCAACUGUUGAAUUGAAGUGGACGCGAAAUCUGACAGUUGUACAUGUCGAAUAGGGGCCCCUAUGUCAUUAUAAAAAGAAACGUAUUUUCAAACAAAGACAUCAAUUUUGACACUAUAUUUAGCAAAUUUUUGACGUAUCUGAAAUUUCGAAUCAGGCCGACAGUUUGUGAUGUUAUGUGAAUCUUACUUCGUUUUAUUACUUAGAAACUUAGACUAAUAAAGUUAAGCUACAAGGCGAUGGUUGAUAUCUAAAUGAAUUGUACAGUCAGUUAUUAUAUGAUUUGAAUACCCCAUUUAUAUUGUAAAGAGGUUUAAUUUUAGACAAUUUUAUCUUGUGAUGUUUGAAAUAUAUGCUAAGUUUAAGUGUAAGUAUAUUCUUAGUUUAAUUUUAUUUUACUUACUACCAACGAUUUGCUCAAUUUAUAUAUAUGACAUCGAAAUUAUUUAUUUAAAAAUUGUGUUGUCUUAUUUGUUUGAUAAUAAUAAUCAAGUAUAACUAUUUGGAAAAAUAAAAUUAAAGACAAAAUAUUAAAUUUUGAAUUUGAAAAAAUUAUAGGUAUAAAGCACAAUGCGAAGUUUUUGUAAAAUAUACUUAUUAUACGUAUUACUCUACUAGUAUUUUUUGUAUGACAAGAAAACUAUUUUAACUGAGACAGAACUAUUUGUAAUUUUCCAAUCCUACCAUCAUGUUUUACUUUUAUAAGUCGCAUUUAUAGUUAUGUAUGGAGUCGGACCGAGAUAACUUUAUAUAAGUGCGACUAUAUGAAUACUAAUAGGACUUACGGCGCGAUUCGGGAAAUGAAUUAGAGAUGCACUAGAUAUGAAACAGUAAAGAAAUGUGACGUUCCACGGCAAAAGGUACCAUUGCCCCGGCUAAAUAUUCGAGCGGCGUUAAUAAUAGCGCAAGCUCCAGCCGCCAUAAAGGUACCUUUUGGCGUGGAACGUCACACAUCUUUACUAUUUCAUAUCUAGUGAAUGUCUGAUUCAUUUCCCGAAUCGCGCCGUUAGAUAAAUGAUGCCAAAUUGAUUCAAGCGAUGUUUGAAUCUUUAUCCCUUAUCAUUGUUUUCGUUUGGUUGCAUUCAGUGGCGGAUUUCCCAUAAGGCACAGUAGGCCCAGGCCUAGGGCGGCGAGAUAUUAGUGGCGGCAAAUUGAGAAAAAAAAAUCACUGAUGAUAACAAAAAAUAACUCAAAAUUAGGCCAGGCAACGAAUUCUCAAAUAAAGGUAAUAUAUCUUUUCGUUGCCUGAUCUAAAUGUAGUCAAUAUGAUGGGUGCUGAUGCUGAGAAAGGGGCGGCUACAAGGCUUGGGGCCUAGGGCGGCAAAGACUGUAAAUCCGCCACUGGUUGCAUUGGUUACAGUAAUUCAUAAUAUUGUUCAAAUGUACGGCGAUACCAAUAAAAUAGGAAAAGGUGAAUAAAUAAUUAUCAAUUGUU